AUUGCUGGCUUUUCCAAAAACUAUUGGGAAUUAAGAAGAUGCCGACCUAAACUGAAGAAAAUGAGGAAGCUUUUGAUGGAAGAUCCAUACAAAGGGCCAGAUAGUCAGAAAGAUCAGACUCCAACAUUUUCAAGGUAUACAACAGAAGAUUUAUUAAGUCUGAUUCAAGCAAGUGAAGAAGAAAUACUGCACCACUUGCAGGUUAUAGAUGCCUGCAAAAUUGAAGGAUAUUGGAGAAUUCUGGAUUUUGACUAUGAGAUGAAACUCUUGAAUCACGUGACUCAGCUAAUAGACUCGGAGUCCUGGUCUCUAAGUAAGGUUCCUUUACGUACCUGCCUUGAGGAACUUGGAUCUCUAGAGCCCACAGAGAUGAUAGAACAUAUUCUUUUAAGCUAUGGAAGGAAAUACAUUGAUGAUGCAGGGGAGGUUUACUUUGAAAUGUGUGAAGAUAAAAUAUGCAGAGCUACAGCAGAAAUGCUUUUGCAAAAUGCAGUUAAAUUCAAUCUGUCAGAGUUUCAAGAAGUCUGGCAACAAAGUGUCCCUGAAGGGAUGACAACAAGGCUUGAUCAGCUUAAGGGCUUGGCUCUUGUCGAUAAAAGCUCAAGACCAGAGACCAUCUUUCUGCUCAAAGUAGAAGACUUACCUGAAGACAAUCAGCAACGAUUCAACAGCUUAUUCAGCAUACGGGAGAAGUGGACAGAAGUGGAUAUUGCCCCUUAUAUACAAGACUUAUGUGCAGAGAAGCAGACUGUUGGUGCUCUUCUGACAAAAUACGCUCGCUCCUCAAUGCAGAAUGGUGUUAAAGUUUAUAAUUCUAGAAGACCCAUCUCGUAACAAGUGUUGUUUUAAGAACUGAGAAUACUGAAUGGAAUAACAAUGAAUGUUGCUUCUUCCUGCCUUCUGGGGAAAGGAGUUGUCAACCAAUACUGUACAGUGUUCUUGAGUUUAAGCAGCUAAGCUUCCUGAAUGAGUUUUGUUUUCUGCUCAGCUAAGUAGAAUGUGAGGGCACUUGCCUCUUCUAAGAAACCACAGUGUCAGCAGCUCUUCGCCCACCUCCUUUUUCUU